ACUGUGCGCAUGCGUAGUCCUGUGUGUCUGACCUUCAUAGAGUAACCAUGUUCGCCAGGACCAGCUUGUUGGUGUUCUCCCCACAAUGUGGGCAGGUCAGGAGCAUGGCUACCUUGAAGGACAUCACCAUCCGUCUGAAGUCCAUCAAGAACAUCCAGAAGAUCACAAAGUCCAUGAAAAUGGUGGCCGCCGCCAAGUACGCGCGGGCCGAGAGGCAGCUGAAACCCGCCCGAGUCUACGGCACCGGAGCCCUCUCGCUGUACGACAAGGCGGAGAUUAAGGCGCCCGAGGACAAGGCCACCAAGCACCUGAUCAUUGGUGUGACCUCUGACCGCGGCCUCUGUGGCGCCAUCCACUCGGGCGUGGCCAAAACCAUCAAGAAUGAGAUCGCCGCCCUGACGGGCAGCGGCAAGGAGGUGAUGGUGGUCAACGUGGGCGACAAGCUGAGAGGUCUGCUGCACAGAACUCACGGGAAGCACAUCAUGCUCAACUGUAAGGAGGUGGGCCGCAAGCCCCCCACCUUUGGAGACGCCUCCAUCAUUGCCGGAGAGCUUUUGAACUCUGGAUACGAGUUUGACCAGGGCGCCGUCAUCUACAACCGCUUCAGGUCCGUCAUCUCCUACAAGACGGAUCAGAAGCCCGUCUUCUCCACAGACGUGGUCGCAAACGCAGAGACCAUGGGCGUCUAUGACGACAUCGACGCUGACGUGUUGAGGAACUACCAGGAGUUUGCUCUGGUCAACAUCAUCUACUUGGCCCUCAAGGAGUCGUCCACCAGCGAGCAGAGCGCCAGGAUGACGGCCAUGGACAGCGCCAGCAAGAACGCUUCUGAAAUGAUUGACAAGCUGACCUUGACCUUCAACCGCACCAGACAGGCCGUCAUCACCAAGGAGCUGAUUGAGAUCAUCUCUGGAGCCGCUGCCCUAUAAGCGGAGCAGAUGGACGUUCAGAUGUGAAACAGCCCUCGUCCUCAGUUACAGUCGUUAAUAAACGCUUGUGUUUGUAAAAAGAUACGCAAAGAAUAAAACUCUACCUGACAACCUCA